ACGUGCAAGCACUAAUCCUCGGGGUAUGUCAAGACUCUCUCUUUUGAUUUGGUCUAUCCUAACAACCCAGACAACGCACGCCAUCGAGAUGGCAAAGCCGUGGCUGGCCUGGAGGUUGAUAUGCUUCGCGGCGCAUCUUUGCAUGGCUGCAGGCUUUCAUGACGAGAGCCUGAUCGUAGCUGAUGACGAAAGUACGAGAAACGCCAAAGCCUUGUUGUUCUGGCAUGUCUACGGCGCGUGGGCAGAGCCUCCAUGAUUGGAGACUGUGAUAUUAUCAUACCCAAGGGACUUCACUUGGUCUCUUUGCCAAGGCUGUGGGACAAAAUAAUCCCGUUUUGGGUCGCGAAUGCCUCAAUUCAUAGCAAACUUUACAAUCUGCUGUACAGUCGAAGUGCGCAGCUUAUCUCUCAGGAAGACUUGUCUGAUCGAGCUGACAACCUGCUUGCUGAUCUCAAGCUAAUAGAGCCCGUUGGUCUAGUCAAUCCAACGAUGGUGUCUUCUGAUAGCACCCAACCAACGACGAAAUUGGAGGCUGUUCUCGCGAAAUCCGCCAAAGUCAUGUACCAUACUACAGCAACUUUGAUAUCCAGGGCAAGAACUUCGCGGGCUUCUGUGCCGUCUUUCUCACCGGACUGUUUGGCAUAUGCACGUGCAACAAUUGACGCCCAUCUUGAGUGCGUCCCCUUGAUGAGCGGCGACUUACAUGUGGUGAACCUCUAUCUUCACUGGCGGCUCCUGCAGACACCUUUCAUUCCACUCCUGGUAGUAUUCUGCCACAUAGUUGAGACUCAAGACACGAGCGACGCACAGCGACUCAAGAGCUUUGCAGACAGCCUUGAGCAGGGAGCCGAUCUAUCACCUUCUGCGAAGGACUUCUAUGACAUCACUCAAGAGCUCUCUAUGAUUGCAGAAAAGCACAUUGAGACAAGCAGCAAGCAAGACUGGGCGUCUUUUCCGUCUCUUUCAACGCUGGGGCUCAGCCAAUUUUAUCCGGCUAAUGCUAUGGGCGACAAUUAUCAUUUGGCAGCUGAACAUGUGCAGUCUAAUCAGGACAUGGAGAUGAUAUUUGGCGGGGAGCAGGUCAUGGGCUUCUUUUAGAUGGUUUCACUUGUUUGGUUGCAGCCGGAGGCAAGAUCAACGAUAGAGGCAUAGAGUUGAGCAUCCUCAUAUCACCAACAGUCCCGCGACCAAGGUGGCUGAAUCUCUCAACAUCCGCCAUAGUGCAUGAAAGCGGUUACGCAAAGAUUAAGUGUGUAGGCAAAAUAUUCGAGCCACGGCCAUGUCGUAAUGCUACGAAACCCGUCUUCUGAG